AUGGAGUUUGAUUUUCUAUCACUCAAAGCAAGGGAAAUGAACAAAAAAAGGUUGAGUCUAUUGUAUUCAUUGAAAAAUCAGAAUAUUGAAUAGAAUGAUCUAAUUGAUGAUAACAUCUAAUUCAUUAAAAAACUUACAAGUGAUCAUCCAUUAAAAGAAAUUAUAAAAGAAUGUUAGAAUAAUGUAAGAGAGGGCUUCUUAACUCCAUUAACGAAUAGGUCCUCCAUGUCUAUUGAAUUUACAGCCAAUAUGUUUGUUGAAGAAAUAUUGGACAGUGUAAAAUUAAAGCAUAUAAAAAUAUUAUAAUUGGAGGGACUAAUAAAUAAUUUAAUGCAAAACAUCGAAAUGAUUCAAUAAUUUGAAAUUAAAUAGGACAGCUAAAAGGACAAAGAACUUUACCAAAUCCUAAUGAUUAAUUCUCCUAACGAUGAAACUUACUAAUUGUAUUUGAAUGAUUAAAAAUUAUACCAAAAUUAACUCCAUACCUAACCUUUUGAUUUCAAAGAUAUGCUAAAUUUUAUAUUAUUUGCAAAUAAUUAAGUACUCGAAACUAUUUCAUUUGAUAUGAUCUAUGCAAUAAUUGUUAUAAUUUUAAAUAAAACGAAUAUAAUCAGACUAUCCAAAUAAAAUUUCUAGAGGAUUCUAAUGUUCCAAUUAUAUACGAUUUCUAGUAAUAUAAAAUUUAUUUAUAGGAUUUAAAUAUUCUUUUCUAUGAAAAGUGAAUUGAAAAAAAAAAUGAUCAAAUCUUUGAAAGAAGAGGUUUAAGAAAUAGAUUCUAAAAUUUUAGAUAUGAUAGAGAUUAUAAAUAGAAUGUUGGAACCAUUUUCUAAUAAUGGAUUCAAAUAUUUAAGAUAUUAGGGUAUGAUAGAUAAUGAUACCAUUGGCAAAAACAGAAAUCACUGUUGUAAUAUUUUCUGA